AUGGCAAAGAAGAAAAGCCCUGGACCUGAUGGCUUAACCUCUGAGUUUUUCAUUGCUGCCUGGUCUAUUAUUGGUCCAGAGGUGAUCAAAGGUGUGCAAUAUUUCUUUGAUACUCUCAGUAUGCCUAGAAUUAUUAAUUCAGUAGCUAUUGCAUUGAGGGUGAUAGGUUCUCUUGUCUCCCCUAAUCAAUCUGCAUUUGUGCCUCAUCGUAUUAUUGGAGACAAUAUCAUGCUUGUGCAAGCAAUUUGUAGAGACUAUCAUAAAAAUGCUGGUAUUCCUCGAUGCUCUUUUAAAUUGGACAUACAUAAAGCUUUUGACAGCCUUAAUUGGAGUUUUCUUUUCUCUGUUCUUGAGAAAAUGAGGUUUCCUUCUCGGUUCAUUGCCUGGAUAAAAAAGUGCAUUACUGGAUGUAUGGUGUCAGUCAAAGUAAAUGGUGUUCUGGAGGGGUUUUUUCAGUGCAAACAAGGAUUACGCCAAGGUGACCCUUUGUCACCUUACUUAUUUGUCUUAAGCAUGGAGGUGCUCACUGUCCUUCUCAGGACCAAGCUGCAAAACAGGGAUAUGCAGUCCAUCUCUCUUCUUCUUGAUACAGUAGAUAGUUUCACAUCUUGCUCUGGUCUGAGAUUAAAUGAAAGAAAGAGCCAAGCUUUCUUUUGUAAUGUUGGGGAAGCAGUGGUUCCUAGUAUUACUCAGAAGUAUGGCUUCUCAGUUGGUGAGCUCCCAAUAUCUUAUCUUGGUCUUCCUCUUAUUACUGGUCAAGUAACUCAGCAGGUAUGUGCUCCUUUAAUUCAAAGAUUAUGCCAGAGGGUGGAAACCUGGUCUGUUAGAGUGCUGAGAUACAGUGGAAGACUCCAACUAAUUACCUCUGUUCUUCAAGGAAUCCAAGGCUAUUGGGCGACUUAUCUUUUCCUGCCAAAAGGGGUACUGAAAAAAAUUCAAUCUAUAUUUGCUAGAUUUCUCUGGAGUGGUAAUUUGCAAACUGCUUGUCAUUACAAGGUCGCAUGGGAAGAAUGUUGUGCUAAAAAAGAUGAAGGGGGUUUAGGCAUUCGGAAUCUCUUUGAAUGGAAUAGGGCUGCAGUUUUAUUUCAAAUAUGGAGAUUAUCUUCUCCUAAUCCUGCUUCUUUAUGGCUUCUAUGGGUUCACUCUUGCCUACUGAAAAAUAAAGCUUUUUGGAUGGCGACAGUCCCGUAUAAAUGCCCCUGGAAUAUCCGGAAAAUUCUUAAUCACAGGAGGGAAGCUAUUCAUUUUUUGUCCUACACUGUUGCUACUGAUUCUCAGUUUAAACUUUGGAAAGACCCUUGGCUUUCGGAACGCCCCUUGCUUGAGACUUAUGGCACAAGUAUAAUCUCUGCUAUGGACUCCUCUGAAAAUGCUCUUAUACAGUCUUGGAUUAUCAAUGGUGUAUGGGCUGUUUCUUCGUCUAAUGACUACAGAGCUGUUGAAAUUCGAAGCAAGGUAUGUUCACAUAUUAUUGGAACUUCUGAUAUGGUCCGGUGGGAUGGGGAAAGUAAUGUUCGAAUGCGUACUGUUUGGGAAACCAUAAGACGAAGGCAUGCUCCUAAACCUUGGUUGUGUCUCGUCUGGAAUUGUUUCUACAUUCCUUCUUCUACUUUUAUUACUUGGCUGGCUCUUCGUGGGAGGCUAAGUACAAAAGAUAGACAAGUCUUCUUGAGCAAUACAAUUGACAGGAGAUGUGUUUUAUGCCGAUGUUAUGAUGAAUCAAUUGAGCAUAUUUUUACAAUUUGCCCAUAUUCUUAUGUCUUAUUUCGAGAAUGUCCUUAUGCCAUUAAUCUCGAUUGGAAUGGUUGGCAAGGUGGCGAUUUCUUCCAAGAUAGACUCACUGCUCUUCAAAAAAAUAUUGGGUAUUUGUACAUUACAAUAUCGAUUUAUUUGAUUUGGAGGGAAAGAAAUGACAGAGUUCAUUCCAAUGGCAUUAAAAGAGUGGAGCAGUUUAGCUUCUUAGCUUCACUUAUCUCGACUAUUAGCAGGCCUGUUGCUAUAGUUAUGGUUUAUCGCGGGCAACGUGCGCACUCAUCUUCGGUCCCGCCGCCUGAACCUAUCCCCUUUUCUGCUUAUGCUGACUUGAGGCUGGAGCUCGACACUAUCCAAGGGAAGUAUGACAGGCUCAUGGAGCGCAUUGAGGAGGUUUAUUCGAGUGAUCAUAUCAUGGGUGACGGACUUAAGGAGAAGACCAUCUCUAGGCUUGAGUCAUUGAUCCAGGUGGCCACAUUCAGGUUGGAGAAGAUGCCAGUACACCGUGACCGGUCCAGCCAGCUCACUGUGCAGAUGAUAGCGGAUGAACUUAGGAGCAUGGUCAAGAUGCUGCGUGAGGACACGACCCCUGACAUCCCUAGGACCCGUGAGGAGGAGACCGAGGAGGAGGACGAGGACUAG